GCAAGCGCAGGACAAGAGGCCAGAGAGCUGUUGGUUGACUGAGAGUGCAGUGGAGCAGUUUUCAUGGCGUCUGGACCCAACAUGAUGACCCCCAUUUGUUUGGUGGAAAACAAGAAUGAAAGAUUGUCAGUGAACCAGGAAGCUCUACAGAUCCUACAGAAGAUUUCUCAGCCAGCGGUGGUGGUGGCCAUUGUAGGGCUGUAUCGUACAGGCAAAUCUUACCUGAUGAACUGUCUUGCAGGACAGAAACAUGGGUUUCCUCUGGGCUCAACAGUGCAAUCCAAAACCAAGGGUAUCUGGAUGUGGUGUCUUCCCCACCCCUCCAAGCCAGAUCAAUUCCUCAUACUCCUGGACACUGAGGGCUUGGGAGAUGUGGAAAAGGAGGACCCUAAGAAUGACUCGUGGAUCUUUGCCUUGGCUAUACUUCUGUGCAGCAGCUUUGUCUACAACAGCGUGGGCACCAUCAAUCACCAGGCCCUGGAGCAGCUGCAUUAUGUGACAGAGCUCACAGAACUCAUUAAGGCAAAGUCUUCCGCUUGCCCUGAUAGAGUAGAAGAUUCUGCAGAAUUUGUGGGUUUCUUUCCAGACUUUAUCUGGACUGUCCGUGAUUUCACUCUGGAGCUGAAGAUAGAUGGUCAGUCUAUCACAGAAGAUGAGUACCUGGAAAAUGCCUUGAAGCUGAGUCGAAGCAGAAACCCCCAAAUUGAAAAAUCCAAUUCUACCAGAGAGUGUACUAGGCAUUUCUUUCCAAAAAGGAAGUGUUUUGUCUUUAAUUGGCCAGUACAUGACAAAGAUCUUCUGGCCAAUAUUGAGAAUGUACCUGAAAACCAAUUGGAUCCCCAGUUCCUGGAACAAACCAAAAAAUUCUGUUCUUAUAUAUUCACCAAUGCAAGAAUCAAGACGCUCAAAGAGGGAGUCAUUGUCACAGGAAAACGUCUGUCUACUCUGGUGGUGACCUACGUAGACACCAUCAGCAGUGGAACAGUUCCUUGUUUAGAGAAUGCAGUGGCAACACUAGCUCAGAUUGAGAACUCAGCGGCAGUGAAGAUGGCAUCUGAUCUCUACAGUGAACAAAUGACCCAGAAAGUAAAAUUUCCAACAGAGACGGUCCAGGAGCUGCUGGACAUGCAUGCAACCUUCGAGAAGGAGGCCAUUGUAAUUUUCAUGAAGCAUUCCUUCAAGGAUGAAAAACAAGAGUUUCAGAAGGAACUGGUGGAAAUCCUACACGAUAAAAGGAAAGAAUUUUUGCUGCAGAAUGAAAAGGCAUCUGUUAAAUACUGCCAGGCUAUCAUUGAGCAGCUUUCAAAGGCCUUGAUGGAAAGUAUUUCAGCAGGAGCUUUCUUUGUUUCUGGAGGGCACACACGUUACAUGAAAAUAAUGGAAAGAAUUAAGCAGGACUAUAUGCAGGUGUCCAGAAAAGGAGUGAAGUCAAAUGAGGUCUUCCAGAACUUCUUGAAGUCACAGGAAGCAGUGGAAAAAUCAAUCCUGCAGUCAGACACAGCCCUCACUGAAGGGGAAAAAGUCUUAGCAGAGGAGCGGACUAGGAGGGAGAAUACUGAGAAGGAGCAUGAGCUGUUCAAACAGAAGCAACAAGAGCAGCAGCAACUGAUGGAAGCAGAAAAGAAGACUCUCCAGGAAAACAUAGUUCAACUGGAACAAAAGUUUGCUCAAGAAAGAGAAAACCUUCUGCAAACAUACAGCAAAAUGUUGCAACAUAAACUGAAGGUCCAGGAAGCGAUGCUUAAUGAAGGUUUUAGCAAAAGAGCUGAAGCUAUGAAUUCAGAAAUUAAUCAGUUGGAAAAGAGGAUUAAAGCUACUCAGGAUAAUGGAUCCCAGUAUACUAGAUUUCUUUUAGAAAACGCUACUAAAAUCUUCGCUUCAGUAUUGAGUUCUGAUCCACGUAUUUUAGUAAAUAUUGUAAGAGGGAUGAAGUCACUAUUUAGAAAUUUUUAGUUUUCCUUUAAAGAAAAUUGCAGCAU